AUGUCUGAUGAAUACAGGUAAUUUUUGAAUUCCUAAUUAAAUGAUCAAUUAAUUAUUUAUUUUCCUAGAAGUUCUGACGACGAAGAUUACAACCCAGAAACCGAGGAAAAUCUCGAAGAAAAUGAAGUGGACGAUGAAGAAAUCCCUGAAAUAAAUCCCGAAGAAGAAGUUGAAGAAUAUGUUGAGCCAGAAGAAGAAAAAUCGAAAAGCGGUGCAGCUUCCAGUGACAUUGACGCACUUUUUGCCGAAUUGACUGGCGAGGAUCCGAUUUUGGCUGAAAUUAAUCGAAGGAAAAAAUUGGAAGAUGUGAAACCAUCGACUUCUUUGAAGUUUGAUGCGGAAAAAUAUGGAUCAAAAGGCGAUGGGAAUAAAGAUGGAGACGAAGAAGAUGAAGUAGAAAAGGUUGAAAAUGAGAAGGAGAAAACUGGGAAAAAGUGAGUUAUUUUGAAAAAAAUAGAAGUCCCUAAAUUUGCUUUGGUAGUGCACCAAGAAAUUCAAAUUUAAAAUUAAUUAAAAGUCAUAAAUUCACAUAGACAACCAAAAAACCACAUUUUUCAAAGGCUUUUUCAGAUUCAAGCCAAAGAUUAGAAAUUCUGGGUUCAAAAAAGCUAUUUUUUUUAAAUGAGACACUUUAAAUGUAUAAACUAUAAAAUUUUCGCGAAAUGUUCAUUAAAAGAUUUUGAUCUUACAAUUUAAUUAUUGCCCAGAUUUUUCCUGAAAGAUUAAAAAACCCCUAUUCUUCGAAGUUUCCCUAAUUAUUGAUUUUUGCAGACGAGUCGGUAUGCUUGAUGCAAUUCAAAGUCUCUCAAAACGCUCAAAAAUGUCAGUUCUCUCGAAAUCCGAAAAAGAUUGGAAGGAUUUCACUGAAACCGCAAAAAUCUCCGAAGAUUUAUCAAGUCAUAAUCGAGGAAAAGGCGGCUAUUUGAAUCGGAUGGAUUUUUUGAAUCGAACUGAUAAUCGACAAUUUGAAAAUGAAAAAGAAAUGCGAGCAAGUGCAAGGAAGGAUAAAAUUUGA